AAUCAAACUGCUGUGGUGCUGAAAUCUUGAGUGGUUCUAUGCUGUCUGCCGCUGGAGUGCAUUGUGUGCUGUGGCUAGAGUGUGUGGGGUCAGAGCUGGCUGAAGCGUGUAUAGUCAUUCAAAUAUUUUCACUUGAUACCACCUUCUUGUCUAGUCCUCAGUUUGCAUUCACUGAUGCUAGGCUACUCCUUCUAUUUUCUGGGCAUCUGAAAUUUUAAGACCUACCGAGUUUCCUUUCAAGGAUCUGGACUUGCUGUAGUUAACAGUCACUCCUGAUGUAGAAAAAGAAGAAAAUCUCAAGGAACAGCUUCAGUCAGGUCUGACAACCCUACUCUCAUGACCCACCCAGGGUUAAAUGGGAUGGAGCCACUUAACCCUGGCUCCACCCCUGAGCUGCUAAAUUUCAUCAUCUGUCCAGGCAGAUGCAACAUCUGGCACCCCACCAUUUUUUUAAAUUAAAAGUUGACAACUCUAACACUAGUGAGAUCAUAAUAUGUAGACAGCCACCUCUCUUAAAGCUUAAACUUGAACUAUAAACUGUGCAUGGUGAAUUGGUGUGAUAGAACAAAACACGUCUUUGAGACCUUUACAUUAUCAGCAGUUACAGCUCUUUGAUUACUUUGGACCUUCACUGAUAAGUGCUAAUCAGCUCAAGGCCACUACCUUAAGUAUCUAAUCCAAUUCCCUCCUGGUCUUUCCAGCAAUUUUGGUCCAACUGCAGGCAAAGAAAUUUUGUCCAGAAAUAGUUAAUUAAUAGCUUGGAUAGGUUGUUUCAGUUCAACGGAGUAAAUGUGCUUCUGCUGAAUAUAAAAAGUGACCCUUGGGAGUCUUUUGUAGCAAUCUCAGGCUUUGGUGUAAACUAUUUUUUCAUCCUUGAGAUUUACCCAUAGUUUCCUGAAAUGUUACCAUUGCUUUUGAUAUGGGGGAAAGUGGUGAUGCUGUGCUGUGGUGUGUGGUUUGUUCUGGGAAUGAGAAGGAGACGUCUGAGCGAGCCACCCUUGGAGAAUGGGAUCCUGCCGUAUCUUGGCUGUGCUUUGCAGUUUGGGGCCAAUCCCCUCACAUUCCUUAAAGCAAGACAAAAGAAAUACGGUCCUAUUUUCACUUGUAGAUUGGCUGGAAAAUAUGUUCAUUUUCUGACAGAUCCCUUUUCAUAUCAUUCAGUGAUGCAACAAGGAAGACAUUUGGACUGGAAAAAGUUCCACUUUGCAACCUCUGCAAAGGCAUUUGGACAUAGAAGUAUUGAUCCAAAUGAUGGAAACACCACUGAAAAUAUACAACAAACCUUCACUAGAACCCUGCAAGGCAAUGCCUUGAACUCUCUCAGUGAGGCUAUGAUGGAAAACCUUCAUUAUGUCAUGGUGCAAUCAAAUGCUCUAAAAAUGAAUUCCAUUGACUGGGUAACUGAUAAGCUUUAUGAAUUCUGCUGCCGUGUGAUGUUUGAAUCUGGAUUUUUAACACUUUUUGGUGCAGAGUUUAACACAGGCCACAAAAAGAUUCUUUCUUUUGACCAAGAAGUCCAGAGAACACUUAUUCUCAAUGCUCUAGAGAACUUCAAGGAAUUUGACCAAAUCUUCCCAGCUCUUGUGGCAGGACUACCUAUCCACCUAUUCAAAGGUGCUCACAGUGCACGAGAGAAGCUGGCUGAGGCUCUGCUCCAUGAAAAUCUUAAAAAAAGAGAAAAUAUAUCUGAACUCAUUUCUCUCCGCAUGUUUUUGAAUGACACUCUCUCCACUUUUGAUGAUAAGGAAAAAGCAAAGACCCAUCUUGCAGUCUUGUGGGCAUCACAAGCUAACACAAUUCCUGCUACUUUUUGGAGUUUGUUCCAUCUUAUUAGGAAUCCAGAAGCAAUGAAAGCAGCUACUGAAGAGGUACAAAGAGUGCUAGCAAAGACUAAUGAAAAGAUUGGUUUGGAAAGGAAACCUAUUUACUUGAAUCGAAAACAGCUGGAUGACAUGCCUGUAUUAGAUAGCAUUAUCAAGGAAGCAAUAAGGCUCUCCAGUGCCUCUAUGACCGUCAGAGUUGCUAAGGAAGAUUUCAUUUUGCAAUUACGCAGCGGUUCUUACAAUAUUCGCAAAGAUGACAUCAUAGCUCUUUACCCCCAGCUGUUGCAUUUUGACCCAGAAAUCUAUUCUGACCCUUUGACGUUCAAGUAUGACCGCUUUCUGGAUAAGAACGGAGAAAAAAGGACAGUUUUUUACCGCAAUGGUCUCAAGUUAAAAUAUUAUUAUAUGCCAUUUGGAACGGGACUUGCAAAAUGCCCUGGACGACUCUUUGCAGUUCAUGAGAUAAAACAAUUUUUGACUUUGUUGCUUUCCUAUUUUGAAGUGGAGCUUGUUGACAGGAAUGUGAAAUGUCCUUCUUUAGACCAAGCACGAACAGGACUUGGCAUCUUACAGCCCACAAAUGAUGUUGAGUUCAAGUAUAGAUUAAAAUGUCUGUGAAUGUGUGGAACAACUUAUUUCUCUUUGUUCAGUUUUACCAUGCAGUGGGAUUACCAUGCAGAGGGAUUACCAUGCAGUGAUGUUAAUGCAAUGCACUAAGAAUAAUGAGCAUUUGGGCAAUUAGUCGUCAUUUAACAUGGUUUGUGUAAAAAGCUUUACAUGUUUUGUAAUGGGCUCUCAAAUAACAAGAGAUAGCCCAAUCCACUAAAUGUGCUAGUGUCAGGUUUCCAGUACAUCUUUUGAGCCAUGGUGGGAGUAAAGACUGAAAUUAAUGGAUAUAUAGAUGAACUCUUGUCUACCUGAGAGGUUUGUAUGCACACUGGCAACAGAGUGCUGGGGAGAAUAUUGCUUCAUUUCUUUCUCUGUAGAAACCCUUCAUAUCUUGCUGCCUUUUAGGCGCUAGCAACCAAAUAUGACAUGCAAACAGAGGAUCAAGGGUUGGGGUUUUGGGUCAACGGGGCAAGUUGUUUGUACAAAUCUCUCAUUGGUUGCUGGAAUAGUAUGGAUCCUUCUACAGACAAAACUGGUGCUGGCUUAAAAUGUCUUGGCCUGGUAAUGUGUGUAGCUGAGGAUCAAAAUGUCAGCCUUCCAAAUAUAACAUUUAUUUUUGUAUUUAUUUGCUGUUGAUAAUAAAUCAUUUCUAAUUAUUUAA